AUGGCUGUUACACAAAACAAACCGAAGGCAAACCCACAUAUUGGUGAGAUAUCAUAUCUGAAGAAGAAACCAAACCCAGAAAGAGCACAUGAUUUACUCCAGGAUUUAACCAAAUCCGUGUCAUAUUUGAUGCGUAAAUUCAAGCUAAAAGUUAAAACUGUAGCAGAAUUUUAUCCAAGGGACAAGAAUUUACUUGGGUUAAAUGUUAAUCAUGGUCAAAAGAUUAUGGUCAGAUUACGAUCACCAUAUAAUGACUAUGAAUUCUUGAGUUGGGAAGCAAUUGUUGAAACGAUGCUUCAUGAACUAACACAUAAUCGUUUCGGACCUCACGAUGAAAAAUUUUAUAAGCAGAUGGAGGAGUUUCGAUUAGAACAUUGGAUAUCGGAAACACAGGGACUUCAUGACAAUUUCCUAGGUACUGGGAGAAGGGUAGGUGGAAGUGGUAUUAGGAAUAGGUCAAAUAUACUAAGCAAGAGUUAUGUUGGGAAAGGUUCUCGACUAGGCACAUCAACGGCCGAACCAAUCCAGGGAAGACGAUUGACCCCUCGAGAGAUGGCAGCCCGAGCGGCUUCCAAGAGGAAUACAGAUGAUCAGUUGAAGUUAUGUCAUGAUGAGAAUGUUAAUGUUCAAGAAAUUCUCGAUAAUCACAGCCAAAUGGAAAGUCAAGUUGAAGUAAUCGUAAUUGACGAUAACGACGAUAUUGUUGAUAUUGAUGACAGCAAUAGCCACUCAGGGAAGAAAUCUGAUCAAAACCCCACAUCUGAUGCUCUCCCUGAUUUUAUAGACCUUACAUAA